AUGGCAAUGGCAAAAGACGCGUCAGCCGACGAGUUUGGAUACAUCCCAGUUUUAACCAAUACUCGAAGAAAUAACACAAUCGACACUGAUUCUGACGACAAUUUUGACACGGCAUCUUCCGAUUUCGAAUUUAACCCCCAGAAUCCUUACACUGUGCACAAAAAUCGAUACCUACAGAAUUAUCUUUGGAAUCAUAAGUUGAGCGGCGACCACAUGAAUGUUAACCCUUACGCACCUCGGUUCAUUACCUUCGGAGCAACUGCACCCGAAUUAUUUUAUUCCAGAAAAUGGUGGUAUUUUAACCAAGACGAUUUUAUACCAUUCGGCUAAAUUGACACAAAUUUGGCAUAAGAGAAUUU